CUAAAUUAUGGGAACAGUUAUGUAUUUAAAUUAUUGGCCAAUCUAUGGCCUUGCAUUUGUAGCCGCUAUUUGUUUAUUGUAUAAACAUUUAACCAAGAAUUUUGGUUACUUUAAAAAGUUGGGCCUAAAAGGGCCCAAACCUGUAGUCAUAUUCGGUAAUCUAUUGGAUCUGCUGUUUAUUUCAAAGCCCGACCUCGAAGUGAAGCGAAUGAAACAAUUUGGCACAAUCUAUGGCAUUUUCGAGGGCAGUCGACCGCUCAUACAAGUGGGCGAUCCGGAGAUUAUCAAACAGGUAUUGGUCGAGGAUUUCCGGAUGUUCAACACCAAAAUCCGUAUCGCAAACGUUGGUCACCCUAUCGUCGACCGCAUGCUUGUGGCGGUUCGGGGCGAACAGUGGCGCCGUAUGCGGGCAGCCAUACAGCCGGCGUUCACCACCGCUCGCACGCGUCGCCACUACCCUCUGGUCAGGCAAUGUGUGGCCCAACACUUGGUCAGUGUGUUGGAGGGGUACGCCCGGGAGGGCCGCCCCUGCGAGCUCAAGCGUACGUUUGGCUGCUUUUCGCUGAGCGUUAUUACCCGCAGCGCUUUCGGUAUCGCCACUGACCCCCACAGUCAGCCCCAACACCCGUUUGUACGCACGGCGUGGCCGUUGAUUGUGCUCCCGGUGUGGAAGUUGUUGGCCCUACAGGUGCUGUCGGGACAGGGUGUGUUAAAAGCGAGGGAACAUUCGGUGGAGAAUACUAAUGAUUUUUUGGGAGUAUUCAUGCGAUCAAAACUCGGUCCCAACGAACCCGAGCCUAAUGAUGAUAUGGAAGGAGAAAAUAGUCUCGAAAUGAAAGCGAAAACGUUUGACAACAAUAUGUCGGACAACAAGAAGUUGACUGAAGAGGAAAUCCUUGCGCAGGGAUUCUUCAUAUACUUCACGGCUUUCGACCAAAUCUCAAACGUAUUGUCGUUCUGUGUCUAUGAGUUGGCACUCAAUCCCGACGUUCAGCACCGGCUCUACGAAGAGAUUGCCGGCGCUGUGGACGCCGACGGGGAGAUCGGUUACGACGAGUUGUGUCGACUGCCACUACUGGACGCUGUGAUCAGCGAAACCCAACGCCUUCACGGCGGACCCGUUAAGUACCGGCGAAUACCCGGCCGUGAGUUCCCUUUGGGCGACACCGGGAUUGUGGUGCCGAAGGGACAGCCGAUUGAGAUACCAGUUUACGCCAUCCAUCACUCGGAAGAGUACUUCCCGAACGCCCUUCAGUUCAUUCCCGACCGCUUUUUGCCCGAAAAUCGUCACAAUAUAAAGCCGUUUACAUUCAUGCCGUUCAGCGCCGGACCCCGUGUUUGUGUGGGAAUGGCGUUCGCCUUAAUGGAGCUGAAGCUGGCAUUAGUUCAUGUGUUGCGUCGCUUCCGGUUCGCCGUCCAUAAGGACACAAAAGUGCCGCCAAUUGUCAAAACACAUCCCGUUAUGAAAGCACCGAAAACUAUGUAUCUGUCGGUUGAGGCCAGAGAUUAAAUGAAAGUAUUAUUCUGU